AUGAAGAUUUUACUGGUAUUAUGUGCGGUGGUGGCGGCUGCUAGUGCCGUCAGCUUCUUCGACCUCGUCCGCGAGGAAUGGAACACAUUUAAGUUAGAGCACAAGAAGCAGUACGACAGCGAGACGGAGGAGAAGUUCCGUAUGAAGAUAUACGCGGAGAACAAACACAAGGUUGCCAAACAUAACCAGAGGUACCAGAAGGGGCUGGUCACCUACAGGCUGAAGACCAACAAGUACUCCGACAUGCUGCAUCAUGAGUUCGUGAACACAAUGAACGGAUUCAACAAGACCGUCAAACACAACAAGGGCUUGUACGCGAAGGGUAACGACAUCCGCGGGGCUACGUUCGUGUCCCCAGCCAACGUGGCGGCGCCCCCCACCGUGGACUGGAGGCAGCAUGGGGCCGUGACCCCUGUUAAGGACCAGGGGAAGUGUGGGUCAUGCUGGUCCUUCUCUACUACUGGAGCGUUGGAAGGUCAACAUUUCCGUAAGAGCGGGUUCCUUGUGUCUCUGUCGGAGCAGAACCUCAUAGACUGCUCCUCUGCAUACGGCAACAAUGGCUGUAAUGGAGGACUUAUGGAUAACGCGUUCAAAUACAUCAAGGAUAACGACGGUAUUGAUACUGAGAAGACUUACCCUUACGAGGCUGUGGAUGAUAAGUGCAGGUACAACCCCAAGAACUCAGGCGCUGAGGACGUUGGCUUCGUUGACAUUCCCGCUGGAGAUGAACACAAGUUGAUGCUGGCGCUGGCCACUGUGGGGCCCGUAUCUGUGGCCAUUGAUGCCAGCCAGGAGUCCUUCCAGUUAUACUCCGACGGGGUCUACUACGACGAGAACUGCUCCUCCGACAACCUCGACCACGGGGUUUUGGUAGUGGGUUACGGUACAGACGAAGACGGUGGUGACUACUGGCUGGUUAAGAACUCAUGGGGUCCGUCUUGGGGCGACGAAGGUUACAUUAAGAUGGCUCGCAACAGAGACAACCACUGUGGAAUCGCCUCCGCCGCUUCCUACCCGCUCGUAUAG